AUGGCACUCAGGAUGUGGGCUUCUUCAACUGCCAAUGCACUCAAACUCUCCUCUUCCUCUAGAUUACAUCUCUCCCCUACCUUUUCCAUCUCCAGAUGUUUCUCUAAUGUAUUGGAUGGACUCAAGUACGCACCUUCCCAUGAAUGGGUCAAGCAUGAAGGACCAGUAGCCACUAUUGGUAUCACUGACCAUGCCCAGGACCAUCUUGGAGAGGUUGUGUUUGUGGAGCUUCCAGAACCUGGUGUUUCAGUUACAAAGGGUAAAGGUUUUGGAGCUGUUGAAAGUGUUAAGGCAACAAGUGAUGUAAACUCUCCGAUUUCGGGUGAGGUUGUCGAGGUUAAUACUGAGCUUACCGGAAAGCCUGGCCUGAUCAAUUCAAGCCCAUAUGAAGAUGGAUGGAUGAUAAAAAUAAAGCCAAGUAGUCCAGCUGAAUUAGAUUCCUUGUUGGGUCCAAAAGAGUACACAAAAUUUUGUGAGGAAGAAGAUGCUGCACAUUGA